AUGGGACAAAAGAAAGUUUUAAAGCCUGCGUUAACAGCACGAAGAAAAUGAAGUGAAAUUUCACUUUUAACUCUGAAUAAGAAUCCAGAAACCCCUUCAAUAAAAUUAGAAGACGUAGGAAACUCGAUUUUUAUCAAAAAAAGAAACACGCGACGUGAUUUUUUCCAGCUGGCUGCCUGAUCUAAUGAAGGCCAGUCCAAGUACACAAUCCACCCAGACAAUGUAUUGAAAUUGAUUUGGAAUAUAAUUAGCAUUUUUAUAAUCGCAUCUCAAGCAACAGUGAUUCCUUUUAUACAAGCGUUUCCUGUUAGAGAUUAUGCCUUACUUAUAAAAGUUAUAAAUACUGUGAAUAGUUAUUUUAUUUUGGACAUAUUCUUGAGUUUUAAUACAGCUUACUAUGCCAAAGGCCACGUAGUAACCUCUAGGAAAAAAAUCAUGAUGCAUUACCUUAAAAAAUGAUUUCUGAUUGACAUUCUUGCCACUUUUCCUUUUGAUCUGAUAGUUGAUUCUCAUGAUCUAUUUCGGAGCAAUAAUAACAACGUCGGAGUGACCACAUCUUUUAAAGUCAUUUCAAUUUUGAAAUUUACCCCUCUUAUCAGAAUUGUGAAAGUUAAGCUUUUAAUUGGGCACCUUGAAAGUUUUUUAGGAAGCUCUGCAGUUGCUGCCUCAAUCCAGGUUAGGAUUAUUAGAGUCAGGCGUCAGCCAUAUUGGUGACGCAGCCACCAAAGACCUCCCGUACCGGAGGUUCAUCCACUUUUCGACUCCAGCCCAGAGGGUCUAUCCCUCUUGUGAGUGCCCUUCCUGUAUCUUAUGUCUCCUUCUUGUCUUGAGGCUUCAGUCUUGAGUUGGCAGCUUAUGGAUUUCUGCGGCCUUGCCUGCUACUGGAGAUUUGAGUAGCUAGAUUCCAAGGAUCCUUGGAGUCUAUCGGGCGUCAAAGUGCCUUUCUUCGACAGCUACAGGAAAAAGACUGUUCCCCUAUGGCCUGGGCCGAAACUCCCGGUUUCUCGGUAGAGAAUGCCCAUAGGUCCUUGGAUCAAAAGGACUUUGUUGAGCACCUCCAUUUCCAACCACAGGAAAGCAGCCAAAACCUACCCGGAUAUACACCUCUUGAGCCGACACUUGAUUCGGCUCGGAUUCCGUCUCAGUUCGCCAUAGCUAUAAGGUUCGGACUGCUGCGCGCCAAGAGGACAAGUUGACACAUAUCGCCAUUUUAAUGUAUAUGCCUCAAUUCAAGUAAUAAAAUUGAUUGUUUUUGCGCUACUGGUAGCUCACUGAUGUGCGUGCAUGUGGUUUUUUAUAUGCUAUGAUGAUGCUGCGACUACUCCGAUUACGUGAGUAGGCCUUUCUUAUCAGCAGGGCAAUGAUAAUAUAAUUACACUUUAUGUAAAAGCUUUAUAUUUUUCUAUUACAACUGUCGCUACAGUAGGAUAUGGAGAUUUGAAGCCUUAUACAACAAAUGAAAAACUUUUUUGUGUCUGUAUGCUGUUUAUUGCUGUGAUUAUUUUUAGUUAUGUUUUGUCAUCUAUUAGUGGAGAAGUCAGCAAGCAAGGCGAAAAAGAAUACUCCUUUACUCCCCCCCCCCCUCCGUGAGCGAACAAAACCAUUAGAAAAAUCGCCAUUUUUUGACCAAAAACCCACCCUCCGUGAGUGAACAAAAAUUUUUUUUAAUAGAAAAAAUUUUAAUGGAAAAAAAUUUUGAUAUAUAAGUGAUAAUUAGUAUAAUGAAAUCUAGAGCUAAUUCUGUUUAAUUUUAAACAAAUUGCGUUUUAAAACAUAAAAUUUGCAAAUUAAAUUAAUAUUUGCUUCCCAAUUUUUGCAAAUUAGGAUUUUUUUAAAUUUCGAAAAAAAUAUUUUUUAUAAAAUUUUAUAUAUAAAUUUUUUUUAAAAAAAAAAAUUAACCCCCCCCUCCGUGAGCGAACAAAAUUUUUUUGUUCGCUCACGGAGGGGGGGGGGGGAGUUAGAGAAAAAAUGAUAAAUUUGAAUAUUUAUAUGAAAAAAGCCUAUUUGCCGUCAUCUUUGAGGUUUAAAAUCAGGAGAUAUUUAAAGUUUAUUCAUAAAAAGAUGAUUUCUUUGGCUUUUUGGUAGUGAAUAUUGUAUUUUUAUUAGAAAACUGCCCAUUAUUGCUGUAAAUUAUAGUAAAUUUAAUUUAUUCAGAAUAUAUGGACAAACCAAAAACUAGAUAAACUUGACGAAGACGCCAUUUUGAAAAUGGUUUCUGAGCCUCUAAGGGAUGAUAUUUUUGGGAUAACCAGAGGAAAAUACAUAGCAAAAUGCAAAGUCUUCGCACAGCUGUACAGUGAAAAAUUCAUCGGAAGGCUCAGCAAGGAUGUUGUAUAUAGAACCUUCGCACCUGACGAUAUCGUGAUUCAGGAAGGAGAAAAAAGCUCCAGUGUUUAUUUUAUUAAUUCAGGGACAAUAGAACUCUUCGAUAAAGCCACAAAAUCUGUAUUUAAACUGCUAGAAGAAGACCAUUACUUCGGAGAAAUCGGAUUCUUUGCAAAACACCCUAGAACUUCAUCAGCAAGGUGCUUGUGCUUUGCUGAGCUACUAAUUCUGAAGAGAGAUGACCUUGAUACUAUUCUUGAAAAAUUUCCUAACGCUAAUAGCAUCACAAGGCUGCUGCAGGAGCGCUGCUCAAAGGAUUAUGCGAUUCUAGGGGUUCAUUGCUACUUAUGUAAAAAAUUAGGACAUGUGGCCACUCGGUGCACAUCAGCCAUCCUUGAUCUUGAUCACAAAUUUUUGAAAGAUAAAUGGCUUCAAAAGAAAGGAGGCAAAAGACUAAUUUCUAAAAACCAAGACGACUGCUCUCCUAAUUUUGAUAGAAAAGACCGAAAAAUCAAUUGAAAAGCUGGGUUCGAUGCAAAAAACGUUAUCGGAUUAUACAGACAGCCAAGUAGCUUGUUUGCUGACAACAUCAUUUUAAAGCAAAAAUCAAUGAAGUACCUAGACACCCUAAAGCAGGAAAAAUACAGGCUGCCAGACUCUGAUAGAGAUAAAGACAAAGAGACAACAGUUCUUUCCAAAGUUGAAGAAGAAGGCGAAAUGUCAGGUAAAAAUAAAAAUUACGUAAAUAUACUAGGGUCCUCGUCUUCAAGCGAGGAAGGAGAAGAAUUCCCACUCCGAAGUGAAAAAGUGAUUAAAAAGAAAAAAUCGCAUUUUUUGCCUGAAAAAAUUGUAACAGAGCCAGUUGUGGUGAAAUUCAAGUUUGGUGAGGUGGAUAGGAACAGUGACUUUGACUAUGGAAUUGAUGAACUUGAAAGGAGUUCAUCAUUCAAUGAAAGCAUGUAUUCGCCUAUUAUGCCAUCUUCAAUUAGUGUCAAUUCGAGUGGGAGUUCUUCAGACUUUCGAAAUACCUUAGAAGGGUUUAGAGAAAUUUUGUAA